CAAAACGUAAGCUGUUGCGCUGCUCAAUGCCGCAAUCUCUCCGCUGUGCCAACCAUGGCGGAAGUGACAAUGCGAUGGCAGCGACAGCAGUUUUGCUUUCGAGACCAAAAGUUUGAGGUGGAACACUUCGAUGUGGCCGAAGUGGAGUCCUCCUCUUCGGGCGAGGACGAGGAGGCCCUGCAAGCGCGCCUCCGACGUCGGGCCGUGGAGGAACAGCUGCAACGCUGCGAGACAGAGCUGGGCGCAUGCCUCUGGAUCGACACCAACCGCGCGGCCCUGCGCGUCUUGGAGGAUUGGCGCGGCAGCUACGAAGGGAUGCGAGUGCUGGAGCUGGGGGCGGGGGCAGGCGCUUGUGGCAUAGCCCUUGCUUAUGAUGGGGCUGAUUCCACAGUCACCGAUGUGGAAGCUUUGCUGCCCCUGCUGCAGCGCAACGUGGAGUUAACCCCGCUCUCAAUGGAGGACACGAUUGCCAGCGCGGCGAAGUCCAAAAAGAAGUCCAAGGAGGACAAGUCGUCUCGCCGGAGAUCCGGUCGAGGAGCGGAGCCCAGGCGUGCUGCUGGUCGUUGCCAGGCGGCUGCCGUAGAAUGGGAGAAGGAGGCACAGAUGCCCACGCUGCCGGGGAACUUUGAUCUGGUGGUGGUAUGUGAUUGCCUCUACGAGAAUCGAGACAGUUGGUCCUCCCUGCAGCAGCUGCUGCAUCGCCUACUGGGUCUCCAUGGCCAUGUGUUGCUGGCUUCGGCGAUGCUGCGACAGCCCUUCCUGGAAGCCUUCACGGAGCAGAUGGCGGAGGUGGGCUUCACGCUACUGAAGAAGGAGCAGGGCGGUCCUCUGGGCGACGUCUGCGUGGUGAUCCUCCGCCCGAUCCAAGAGUCCGCGGACGUGGCGCCAGAGGAGGCGACGGCGCCUGAAGUGGAAAAAAGAAGUGGUUUGAAACUGGGUAAACUGCAGGGUGAAUGGUUCUAA